UGAUGCAGGACAUGUAUGAGGCCAGAGGGACGGUGGUGAGACGCGCUGUGCUGCUGAUGAACCACCAUAAACAGGUCUCAUGUAGUACUGCGGUAAAGGACGGCUUCCAGCUUCAGCUUCUUUCUGCAAAGAGUCUCACUGAAUCAUGCCCGACAGGAUCUAAUAUCAUAUUUGGAUAAACACCGCCUGCGCGAACAAGCGACGACGGGCGCAACCGGCUGUUUAAUAAAGCGCACCCACAACCGAUUGGCUAUGUAUUUUGUGACGUUAACGGAUGUAGAGCGAAUACAAUGGUCCGCCGUAACGCAAGGAAAGAAAGCAAGCAUGAGGAUUUCCAACAGUCACCUGCAGCAGCUCACCAUCUUCACCACUGUGCUGACGGGUGGAGGGAUUGGCACCAUGUACUACCUGCUACAGAAGAACUUUGCUGAGUCAGACUACCACAGGCUGGCUUUGCAGGAGUUGGAGGCAUGUCCAGUUGCCAUGGAAAGCCUGGGGGCGCCACCUUUAAAGGUCCACAACAUCCAUCUGACUGACAGAUACAACCAUGUAGAUAAGCACACUGCACAGAUAAAGAUUCCUGUGACAGGGAUUAAAACCGGAGGCUAUCUGUAUACAUCUUCACUGAGAGAUCCCAACACAAACAGGUGGAAUCUGAAACAAGCAGUUCUAAAGCUCAGGGAAGGAAAUGUCAUUGACCUGCUGAAUCCUCCAUCAACUACAGCACAAACCCAGGCAGCAGAGCACACAGACAGUGUAGACAUAGGCCGCUGGCACUGACCAGCUUUAUGAACAAACAACUAUGCCUGCUAGAGGAAGCAGGUGCUGAAGAUGUUUUGAACUAUAUUUACUCCACAUUUAUUGUAUGGUCAUCUCUUUGGGGAACCAUCAAGAAGAAAAGCUCUGUCAGUGCCACGGACUGCUGCAGACUGUUGUAGCUGAUUUUGAUUACAUAGUGUUAGAGCUGAGUUGACUUGUGCACUCAUUGCUGCCUUUGUCUUCAAGUGAAUCCACAAGUCAUUACAAAUGUACAAAUAUGUGCCAAUCAAUAAAUGUUACAAAUGGAUUAGUUUCUAAUGAUCCAUAAUUAAUUUUCACACAGACUUGCAGAUGUGUGUGUCUGUAUGUGUUCAGGGGAAAUGGUAUAAUAUUCAUAAAACAGGACGUAAAGCUGUGGUUUCACUUCUACCGUAACCUUCUGCUUCCUGUGCAGAUGUAGAGCAAACACACAACCACCAAUAUAAAGAAUGCAUAUUUGCCAUG